GCCCGCUUUAGGUGCAAACAAAAAGAAGUGCCGCCAGUCCAAUUUUAUAUAACACAGCUUGUCGCGGUUUCACGCUGGCCUCGGGGCAGUGGAAUGGACGUGGGAGGAGACGCUGAGCGAAGCAUCGCUCUUCCCAAACUUGACGAUCCUCGCGAGGGCGAGGGCGAGGGCGUUGGCGGAGAUGGCGACGACGACCCACCGAUGCUGAGCUCGCAAGCCCUCGAAGCUCUCAAAGAGUUCCUUGCCGAACAGAACCAGGUCAUCGCCGAGGACACACCCUGCGACGGAGGCUCCGAUGAGGUAACACUAUUGUCCGAGGACUGGAGGCUGAGCCAGUUCUGGUAUGAACCCGACACUGCAAAUACCUUGGCCCAGGAAGUCUUUACUCUCUGUCAGUCCACGAGGUCUUCCGUCGCUUGCAUCGCUUGCCCUACCCUCUUCGCGUACAUUAAGAAAUUUUACCCUACUAUCAAGGCUCACCUUCUGGAGUAUGACAAGCGUUUUGAGGAGUAUGGACGUGAUUUCACAUUCUAUGAUUACAACCAACCAGAAGAGUUGCCAUCAGCACUGAAGCAUGCCUAUCAAGUUGUAAUUGCAGAUCCACCUUACUUGAGCCAGGAGUGCUUGGAUAAGGUCAGUCGAACUAUUUCUUUUCUUUCAUGGCCAAGAGAAAGUUACUUGCUUCUACUAACAGGGGAGGUACAGAAGGAUCGGGCAUCUGAGCUCCUUGGUUUGCUUCCAUGUGGUUUCAGGCCCCAGCACACUAGCAAACUUGGCAAUGAGUUUCGGCUUUUUACAAACUAUGACCCAGGGACGAGAUUAGGAGGGUGGGAGCAAGGGAAAUAGCAAAUUGUCCUGAUAUUUCCUUGAGUGGCCCCUGAGUUGAGUUAUUAGAAAUCUCUAAACCCGAACGUGUACCUGUCAACAAGUUCAUCCCGUUUGGCUGAACUUUGGCUCACAGAUUCAAUGCUGGGUGAUUGAAGGUUCUUGCUCGAUGAAGCUUAUUUGUCAUUGUGGUGAUGAUGGUGUAGGAAGAUGAUUUUUUUUUAAAAUGAAUUGGAUUGGUAUCAAAGCAGCAUUAGUAUAGAAUGAAUGCUCUUCUCCAACGGUAUUUGGUGCAAACAAUGUCUUUUGCUCUCUCUCUCUCUCUCUCUCUCUCUCUCUCUGAGAUGGGUAUUGUUUAUUUAUUAACAGAAGUUCUGCCGUGUUGCAUAUUUGGGAUCA